UCAGCAGAACGGCCGCAGCGGGUACAUCCUCCAGCCGGACUGCAUGCGCGACCCCGUGUACGACCCCUUCAUCCGUAACACGCUGAGGGGAGUGGACCCGAUCACGGUGACUCUCACCAUCUUCGGCGGCCGCCAUUUGCCGAAGGCGGGUCGAGGCAUCGCCAGCCCCUUCGUGGAAGUUGAGAUCAUUGGAGCAGAGUACGACAACAGCAAGUUCAAGACUGAGACGGUUAAUGACAAUGGCCUCAACCCACUGUGGACCAAGGCCGAGUGUGAGUUUGACGUGGCCAACCCAGAGAUAGCGUUCCUGCGGUUUGUUGUGCAAGAUGAAGACAUGUUUGGUGAUCCCAACUUCCUGGGCCAAGCCACUUACCCUGUCAAGUCUCUCAGGAGGGGGUUCCGGUCUGUGCCGUUGAACAAUGGCCACAACGAGGAGAUAGAGAUGGCCAGCCUGCUGGUCUACAUCGACAUCUGCAAUGCAAGGGAGGAUGAUGAUGAAGACAUCUACAACAACAUCGUCACACUACGAGACAAGACCCAGAUACUGUUCGACAAAGUCAACAACAUCGGCCGUGACCACACCAGUCCUGAGGAGCAGAACAAGUACAUGGCCGAGCUCAGGCACACCGAGGAGGAGCUCUUAAAACUCAACGAACAGCGCCGAGCAAGAAGGAACAAGAGCAGGCGGGGAGCGAUCGCUGGGAUCACCAACCACAGACACAUGGCGGCCAGGAAGACCCCCAGCUCUGCCAGUACCUCUUCCCUCAAGUCCCUCAGGCACUGAGGGGGAGGGGGGCACUGAGGGGGAACGGGGCAGGGUUUCCUUCAACUGAACAAUACAGCUCUCGCCUUGUAGUUGUAUACAGGAUGAACUUAGUCUUUCACUGCUUUAACUACUCAAGUAUCACAAGACUGUGUAAAAAAACUUGUGAUGGUUGUGGCAUUUUGCCAUCAUUGUAGAAACUUACUGAAAGGUCACACCUAGUGGGUGGGUGGAGAAAAAGAGAUCAAGAACAGCUUGCUGGGCAUUGUUAGUUUGUAUGAUAAAUUUGGAAAAGGUUCCACAGUACUCGGUGUAUCCAUUAUGUCUGUGAUAUAGGGGAGUAACUGCAGUGGUUGAAUGUCCUGAUUCUCCUUGUUGUGUAAUAACAACAGCAUGCUUGUACAUAAAGUAUACCAUGUACAAGUUGCACAAGCAGCUACGCAAUGCAUUAUGAUCGUGGGCCUAGCCAUGAAAACUCUUUGACUAUUGUAAAAGUUUGUCGAAGUUUCUUUUGAACUUAUAUACCACAGAGUAAAGCAAAAGAAGUUGUCAAAUGUUGUUCAAAUAGACAUGCAAACUAUAGACUUCUAAGGAAAGUAAUCAGAAAACAAUAAGAGCUGUUUAUAUGGGAACAAUGUAUAAUGUAGUCAGGAAUCAUUUUAUUGUUGGCUUCUGAAAGGUUUUUAUAUGCUUCUGGUAUGUUUGGAAGGCUGGUAAAA